UUGUGCCGGACCAACAUGGCCGCGCUGAGGAGGGUAACAACCUGCUUCCGUCUCCUCAGGAGUUCAGCUCCUGUCCUGUUCGGCAGCAGAAAACCUGCAGUCCGUAAAGCGGUCAAAUGGACAAAUGUUCUGUACACAGGUAUAGCGUCCCUGACUGUGGGCGGUGGGCUGUGUGCUAUACCUUUCAAACAGGUUGAAGACCUCUCUCAUGACUCUCUGAUCCGACGAGCAGCCUCUCUGGCUACAGACAGUUCAAGCACUUUUCUCUCUCAGACCACUUUUGCUUUCAUAGAUGCCAUUACAGAGUACUCAAAAGCUGUUCACACACUUAUUGCCCUCCAAAAACGAUAUUUGGAAUCACUGGAAAAACUAACUUCUGCAGAAGAGGAUAAAAUCUGGCAGGUGAUCAUCGCCCAGCGUUCACAGGUUAGUGACCGACAAGAUGAAUGUAAGCGCUUCGAGUUAACCUGGGUCAGCGCCAUCAGGCUGUGUGAAACAGCAGCUGAGGCAGCGUACACCUCAGGAGCUGAACAUGCGUCCAUCACACUGAGGACAAACAUUCAGGUGGCCGAGUCGCAUGUGGAGGAAGCACGUAAACUGUCCUUGGAUACAGAUAAGAAGUUGGCCGAGACUAAAGUAAUGGAGGUGGAAAGGGUGACGCAAUAUGUGUCCUCCUUACAGAAUAAUAGUGAUGAGGAAGAGGUGCCUGAGGCUUAUCUAAGAGAGGACUGAAGCAAAUACACAGUUAUAAGAAAACAGAGCAAAGCACAAAAAAAGGUGUUGUUGCUUUCAAAGCAAAGUAACUUUAUUUUUUUCAUCCUUUACAAUGUCUUCUCUCUUUUUGAGUCUUCAAAAUGUUUGGCUGUGACUUGUCAUGUAGACUGUGCUCAAAUGAAUGUGCUUACAUCUGCACAUAAGCUGUUAUGCUCAAAAAGUGAAUCACACGAACUGAGGACGUCUCCACAAAGCAGCACAUCCUUUUAGGUGUUUGGUCAUUUAAGACUAUUUGAAUAAUGAAAAUCAACUGUUUCUGAAGCAUAGAGGAUUAUGUUUUCGACCCAUUGUAUUGUGUCUUGACCAGCUGAUUUUUGUGUUGUUUCAAAAUUCAUUGUAAUAAAGACAAGUAACAUUAUAAAAACUAUUUAUUUUUGGUGUUUACUUGUUGCAACAUUAUCAGAAAAUGAAACAUUUAAAUUCCUGUUUUCUAGAUUAAUAUUGUGUUAACUGUAGGGAUUUGUAGCUAAGAUUAUGUAUUGUGUUGCAAGGGCAUGUUUUUUUUAAUAACAUUGCGUUAAUCCAAAUGAUUAAAUAACAUUUAACCAGUGCUGAAAAUAGUUGGAAAAAACAAUGUGUCACUUCAUA